AUGCCGUCGUCGCCAUCAAUAUCCUCGGUUCAUCAGGCAGCAGCCUCUCAGUUGGACAAGAAAGCGGUGCAUGGCUAUCGUCAGACGAUGUAUCGCGAUGGAGCCGGUUGCCAGAUUGCAGAGUCUCGCCGUCACUCUGAUAUGGCCCGCAAGGCCCGGUCGUCGACACAGGCAUAUGUCGACUUCGUUCUGUACCCAUCAGACGAUUUACCAGUGUCUCCGCGAAGUUAUUCAGGCGAGACUUUGCAUCAGCACCCCGCACCACGAAGGAGGACGGCAGAUCCUAUUCCGGGGCUGCACAUGACUUCCGCCAAGCAUUUGUCCAAAGCCAGACCUAAGCCGGUGAUUGUUCAACAAACGACGCAAUCAAGUCGAACACUUUCCGAUAAAACAAAAGCAUCUUUACAGACUGCUUCUGGUUCGAGGCCACCCCCCAAGCCCCGGUCGGCCCGGCUGCCAACACCAGAGCUCUCCGAUCUUGACGAACCACUCUUCUGCGAUUGUGGCGUAGCAGGCCAUAUUUUCAAGUGCUGCACCUCAUGUGGAAAAGAGAUUGACCUUUAG